AUGGGUCGAACCAGAAGAAAGCGGACAGAACCCGCUUCAGAUGAAGAUGGGGAGUUCACUGUUGAUGCCCUCAACUCCAUAUCCGACUCUAGUGCUGCGCUUACAGACGACGAUUCCUCCAGCUCCCGCAAUCCCGACGCAGUUGAAAUCACCUUUGCUCUUCCAACGGUGACAGACUUUACAUCACGCGAAGAAUUUAUGCAGGUUCAUGAUACUGAACACUUUGGCUGGGCUAUGCAACAGAUUGUCAAGUCUGCUCAACUGGCUCUCGGCGACGCCUCCAAGGAAAUACGUGAACUCAAGGUCCAGAACAUCAAGCUCGAGCACGAGAUUAAGGUACUCAAAUCCCGGAAGUCAGGGAAAAAUGCCACUACCAAAGCCAAGACGACCGAAGAUGAUGACAUUGGACGUUGGGCUCGCCACGUCCUGUAUAUGGACGAGUUCAUUGUCAACCCUGCUGCUUUUCUCAAGCCUGACCCCAACAUCGACCCAUCUGACCCCAACCGCUAUCAUUCGGCUUCUGCAAAAAUCCGUGGUCAAACUGCUGAACUCUACGACCGAAUUCCUGAUGAAUUACAUAUCAAGAUUGAGCGUUCAUCCCAUUUCCGUGAUACAUUUAUUGACGUGAUGAACGUCCAUCGCCGAACCAUCUGCCCUCCUCCCGGAAUCUACAAUGCUUCGAAGCGAGGAAAAGAUCGUGCUGAUACUUUCGCCCUCUUCAUUUCCUUCCCCGACACAGCCAAAUCAUCUUUCUACCGCCCGUGUGUAUUUGGCUCGUCGAGUUUCAUCCAUCGGAUAUCCUAUUUACACAAUAUACCACAGUUCAUCCGCUGCCUCCUUUUCGGCCCAACGUCUCUCUCUGGGCCAGAUGGAGAGGUACAGUCCCUAGCAAGCAACAGCAAUGGGAAGAUUUGGAGGAUCGAGCGGGUAACACCUGGCGUUAUCGCUCUCGCUGUAGUGGCGACUGUCUUUAUUCAUUCGUCCGACGAGUCCUGGGACACUGUUGGCCCCCAAUCCGGCAUCAAAUACGAGGAGCUUUACAAUUUCUGCAAGCGGUUUAUUCUCGAGGCAUUGAGGAAACCCCAGAGCUCCCAACAAAUGCUCGACCUCUUCGACUGGUACAACGAGCUGGUUUUCGCCGACGGGAGUGAGGAAAAGAACGAUAGUGAGGACGAAUUGUCGGAGGCAUUGCAGGCGAUGAAUUUGGAUGGGGGAGAACCAUCAGCGAGGGAGAACGACGAGGCCCAAGACACUGCACUCACCAACGACACUACAAAUCCACAAACUGUCCCUGAACCUCCCCAGCCCUCCAGUAUCGGUCCAGCGCCUUCCCCAUCCGUCCCAGUCAACACUGAGCCAAUCACUGCCCAGAAUACGAUUGCGCUUCCAGCAGUAAAUCUUGAUGGACCUGCAUCCGAUGUCGAGGUUGGUAGCGCUACUGCAUCACUCCAGGGACCGGCACCAGUCGAGCAAGCUCCAGCGAAGGGUGGAAAAGGUGUUCGACGUGGGCGAGGCGGACGGUGUGGAGGCCAGAAUCGAAGUGUUGAUAACCUUGCAGCUGCGCCGACUCGAACGUUGCGAAAGAGGGUGGUGGGUUCCUAA